GCAUUGGCAUCGUAAAAUAAUAUUCGUAUUCGCAGUGGAGUCCACGCGCUCUGACGCUUCGGAAUUCCAGAAUGAGAGAAGAGGUUAUCAGCUCCGGAGGCACCGUUGAUCCAACACCUGCUGCCAGUUCUGCUGGGGCGUCAUCAGCUGUUCCAAUGAAUGUUGGCAGCAUAGAUGGGUCAAGUCAUGGACAAGUCUCUAAAGCGGCUUCUCUCUCGUGUGUUGGUUCACAACCACCAUGGACUUCAUUGAGCACAAGUGCUGGCAGUUCUGCUUUUUGGUUCUUCAAGAUCUUCAUGUAGACCUUGGGAAAGAGGAGAUUUAUUAAGAUGUUUGGCUACAUUUAUUCCUUCAAAUUGGCUUGGGAAGCCUCAGAUCAUCAGUUCAUUGGCUUGUGCUCAGAAAGGCUGGAUGAAUAAUGGAGUAGACAAAAUUGCUUGCGAGUCAUGCGGUUCUUGCCUGAGUUUUACAGCAUUGCCAUCUUGGACAUUAGCUGAAGCUCAAAAUGCCAGCGAAUCCUUUGCCAGGCAGCUGGAUUCGGGUCAUAAAGUUAAUUGCCUUUGGAAAGGAAACAGCUGUCCAGAAAGCUUAGUGCAGUUCCCUCCAACUCCUCCAUCUGCAUUAAUUGGGGGCUACAAGGAUAGAUGUGAUGGACUCGUACAAUUUCACUGCCUUCCUGUGGUAGCCAUCUCUGCAAUUGAGUUGAUGUCUGUUUCUCGUGGCCCACAAAUUGAACGCUUUCUAUCACAGUCUCAGAAUUUUAUGUCAGGAGAAGUAGAUAUCAAACCAGACAUUGUAUCUGACCUUGAAAAUGCUCAAGAUGAGGCAUACUGUUUAUACUCUCGCGCACAGAAGCUUAUAAGCCUUUGUGGGUGGGAAUCAAGCUGGCGUUUAAAUGUUCAAGAUUGUGAAGAACACUCUGCCCAAUCUGAAAGAAAUGGAUAUUCUUUUGGCCCAAGCAAGACUCAACUUCAUCUUACUCAAGAUCCCGGGUCAAAGGCAGUUUCUGCUUCUACUAAAUUGGAUGCCAGAAAGGCAAAGGCGCCUCUUAAGGAGUCUAGACUUGACUCUAGGUCACCUUUGCUUGAUUGUAGCUUAUGUGGUGCUACAGUUAGAAUUUCACAUUUUCUGACAGUUCCUCGUCCUGCUCGUUUUGCAUCUAACAGUAUAGAUAUUCCUGAUACUAGUAAAAAAAUACGAUUGACUCGUGGAGCGAGUGCAGCUAGUGGAAUCAGUGGUUGGAUUGCAGCUGAUGAUACAGAGAAAGAUCAGACUGAAGACCGUGACGAAGUUGCAACAACGAAUGAGGGGAAAUUGUUGGUGAACACAGAUUUAGAUCUAAAUCUUACCAUGGCAAGGGGUUUUCCUUUUACUCCUUUGGGCAGGACAGCAACAUCUGAAUAUACUCAUGAGGAUAUGGGAAGGGAUUUAAUGAUCGGCCAGCCUUCAGGGAGCGAGAUUGGUGAUCGUGCAGCUUCAUAUGAAUCACAUGGGCCAAGCUCGCGUAAGAGAAAUCUUGAAAAAGGUGGGAGCUCAGAUAACCAGCCUGUUCUUAGGCUGCAGCAGCAGGCUGAUAGUGUAGAAGGAACUGUCAUUGAUCGUGAUGGUGAUGAAGUUACAGAUGGUGGACAAUAUUCAGCUGGUCCUUCAAAACGUGCACAUGACUCUGAUAUUUUUGACACAUAUUGUUCACCUCAACAAAGAGACUCAUCUGGUGCCGGUCCGAGUCAGUCAAUGGGUUUAGAGGCUUACAUUACUGGAAAUUGAGUUUCUUCAUACCGUCAAGGUAGUGACGCCCAAUGGGUAUCCAAUCAGCUAGAGACUCAACCCGUGCAUCAUCUGUCAUUGCAAUGGACACAAUAUGUCAUAGUGUGAAUGGUGAUUCUAUGGAAAGUGUUGAAAACUGCCCUGGAGACCUUGAUGAUGUUCAUUUCCCCUCCUCUAGCAUGUAUGGCAAUGUGGACGUGAAUGAAAAAUCUGAACUGAAUAACAGCAAUCAAGCUCAGCAAAGCACUUGCUUACAAACAGCUACUGAAGUUGCCCGUGGUGAUGUGGGCGUCAGUGGUACAAACUAUGGGGAAGAACUUUUCAAUGCAGAAACUGUGACUGCUCAGGCUCGUGAUGGAAUUAGUCUGGGCAUCAGUGGAGGGAGUGUUUGAAUGUGUGCUAGUCAUGAAGCUGAAAUCCACGGGGCUGAUAUAUCUGUGCACAGAGCUGAUAGUGUUGUUGGUGAAAUGGAACAGAGAGUAGAAGAUGCUGAAAACCAGGGACAGACAGGUGAAUCUGUUUCAGAUCCAGGUCUAAUGGAUGAGUUUAUCCCUGAUAUGAACAGGGAAGAUCCUAUUGGUGAUAGCCAGGAGAUGAUGUCUCACUCUGCAGGAAGAACAGACAGUGGGUCAAAAAUUGGCUGCUCUACAGAAUCUGUUGAAAGUGGUGAAAAGAUUAGUCAAAACUGCAAUCUUCUACCUGCUAAUAGUAGUCACCCUUCUCGUUCUUGUGAUGCUAAUAUUUAUUCUGGUUGUGAAAAUACUAAGAGAUCAUGAAGCAUGAUAAAUCAUCAUUUGCCAACAAUUGUGCUCUCCCUGAAUCAGAUUUUGCCAUUGCAAAUGGGAUAGGCCCUCCAAAAGGAGAGAGUAAUUAUGAAGCUGCAGAGUUUGAUCCUAUUGUGCAUCACAAUCAAUGUUGCCCUUGGGUGAAUGGCAAUGUUGCUGCUGCUGGCUGUGCUAGUUCUGUUCCAAGUAGUGAUGCAAUUGCCCUCAGUGUUUGGCAGCUGACGUUAGAUGCUUUGGAUGCUUUGUCGCUGGGGCACAAUGCAAUUCCAACAGUACCAUCUGAAUCUGCUGCAUCCUUGUACAAGAGAACCUUGAUGAUUUGAAUUAUCUUCACUGGUGACAACAUGUCGAACCAGUGAUCAAAUCACACAAGUUGCAGCAAUUUGUUGUUAAUCUAGUUGUUCCACCUCAUUAUCUCACCGGGGAUGAUCGCAUUGCUGAUCGUGUCAACCCAGAGUACGAAACCUGGGAAGUUCAAGACCGAACGCUUCUUGUUUGGCUGCAGUCUACGCUUUCGAAGUCCGUGUUAUCAAGAGUUCUAGGUCUCAAUCAUUCGUAUCAGGUUUUGGAGUUAAUGAUACUAAGUCCCAGGUGUGAUUUUUCAGCAAGGCAUCAUACUCUUGUUGCAUAGUAGUGAGCCAAUCUUUGUUUGCCAGAGCUUGUUUCACAGUUUUAGGCUCAGAAUGAGUGAGAAAAAGUGAAGGGUGUCUAGGAUUGUGAAUACCAGACUUAGACCUUGUUUGCAUAGGGUGAGUGUUAACUGGGAUAGAGUUGGGUGUAUAAACAGAUUCUGAAGUAGAUGUUUAGUAGACUCAGAAAUUGGAGGCUGAACAGAGAUAGAUGCAGAAGAAGUAGAUGGACAAGGUACAGAAACAGUGGUGAAAAGGAUUCUAAGAUAUCUCAUAGGUACUCUGUUUCAUAGUCUGCUUCUGCAGCCUGCUUUUGUUAAAAAUCCCUUGGCUAUUCGAGCAUUCUAUGAUGCUCUGAUUGAGCAUCUGAUGUGGAUAACAGGCGCUCUACCUCAGGGACUGCUAUUUUUCUUAGCCCAAACUUAGUCUCUUGGUGGUCUCACAAACAAAAGGUUACUGUCAGAUCUAGUACUGAAGCUAAAUAUCGCAGCAUAACUCAGACUUCUACUGAAUUGAUUUGGAUUCAUACUCUGUUGACAAAGUUACAAGUUUCUUUCACUACUUCUGUAAUAUUUUGUGAUAAUCAAAGUGUUGUUUCUAUUGCUCACAAUCCAAUUUUUCACAGUCGAACAAAACAUAUGGAGAUUGAUGUGUUUUUUGUGAAGGAAAAGAUUUUGGUCAAGCAGCUUUCAUUUGUUCAUAUUUCAGCUCUGGAUCAGUAGGCUGAUGUUCUAACUAAACCUCUGUCUGCAUCAAGAUUUGAAGCUCUUAGAGGCAAACUCAAUGUGAAGAGUGUUUCCAAUGAAAACUCUCCCCCUUGAGUUUGAGCGGGGUAUCAAUGUAUGUAAAUGUAUAAUUGUGAAAACAGUUUUGUAUAUUGAUUGUAAGGACUGUUAGCUUUUGCUAACAGCACCCAUCCAGUGAUAAAUAACUACUGUAAGGGCUGUUAGCUUUUGCUAACAGCUAACAGCACCCAUCCAGUGUUAGUCAGUAAUUCAGGGAGUGUAAGGACCUUUCUAACUACAUCUCAAUAGGAUCAGUUAGUCAGAAUUCAGUUAGGAUUAUUUAGAAUCAGUUAUGGUUAGUUAAGCUGCGUAGAGGUCUAUAAAUACCUCAAUUGUAACUAACUCUAACUAACUUUUCAGAUCAAUAAUAUCAGCUUUCUUCUUUUUCUU